GCCAGAGGGAGGAGGAGGAUGGUAAGAAUGAGGAGCAGAGGAGGCAUGCCAUUGAGGGAGUGGUGGACAUCACAAAGCUCUGCCUGAUGGAGAUGAACCAGGACGAACUGGCCGACAAGCUCGGGAGUGGAGUUGCUGCUGUCCAGUGCCAACAUAAACUCAAGUCUCAUCUGAAGAAGAAGUUCCAGUGUGUGUUUGAGGGAAUCGCAAAAGCAGGAGGGCAGAGACCUCUGAAUGAGAUCUAUACAGAGCUCCUCAUCACAGAGAGAGGCAGUGGAGAGGUCAACAAGGAACAUGAGGUCAGACUGAUUGAAAAGGCUUCCAGGAAGCCAGCCAAUGAGGAAACACCAAUCAGAUGUGAAGACAUCUUUAAACGCUUACCUGCACAAGAUAAACCAAUCAGAACAAUAAUGACAACCGGAGUGGCCGGCAUUGGCAAAACCUUCUUAACACACAAGUUCACUCUGGACUGGGCUGAAGGCAAAGCCAACCAAGAGAUAAACUUCAUAUUUCUCCUCACUUUCAGAGAGCUGAAUUUACUGAAAGGGAAACAGUUUAGCUUAGUGGAACUUCUUCAUCAGUUUUCUCUUGAAACCGAAGAUUCAGGAACCUACAAAUCCGACCAUGACCAAGUAGUCUUCAUCUUGGAUGGUCUGGAUGAGUGUCGACUUUCUCUGGACUUCCAGAAAAACCCGAUCUGGACUGAUGUCACCGAGCCGACUUCAGUGGACGUGCUGCUGACAAACAUCAUCAGGGGACACCUGCUCCGCUCUGCUCACAUCUGGAUAACCACACGCCCUGCGGCAGCCAAUCGGAUCCCUGCUGAGUGUGUUGACAUGAUGACAGAGGUUAGAGGGUUCAACGACCCACAGAAGGAGGAGUACUUCAGGAAGAGAUUCAGAGAGGGGAAACUGGCCAGCAAAAUCAUCUCUCACGUCAAGAAAUCUCGAAGCCUCCACAUCAUGUGUCACAUCCCAGUCUUCUGUUGGAUCACUGCUACAGUUCUAGAGGACUUCUUCAAAACAUCCCAGGGAGGAGAACAGGUGCCCAAGACCUUGACUCAGAUGUACAGCCACUUCCUGAGGGUUCAGUCCAUACAAGGGGACAGGAAGUAUCAUGGGAGAGCUGAAACCGAUCCACCCUGGAGUUCAGAGAGCAAGGAGAUCAUUGUUUCUUUGGGGAAACUGGCUUUUAACCAGCUGGAGAAAUACAACCUGAUCUUCCACGAAGCAGACUUGAAGGAGUAUGACAUUGAUAUCAAAGCAUCCUCAGUUGACUCAGGAGUGUUCACCCAGAUCUUUAAAGAGGAGUGUGGGCUGUCCCAGGAAAAGGUUUUCUGCUUUGUCCAUCUGAGCAUCCAGGAGUAUAUGGCUGCCCUUUAUGUAUUUCUGCACCAUAUCAACAAUGGUUUCAACCUGCUCUCAGAAGAACAGCCAACAUCCGGGGAAGCUGAACUCCUCCUCUACCAGAGUGCUGUGGACAAGGCCUUACAGAGUGAGAACGGACACCUGGACUUGUUCCUCCGCUUCCUCCUCGGCCUCUCUCUAGAGACCAACCAGAUGCUCCUACAAGGUCUGCUGGGACCAGGAGGAAAUACAUUACAGGACAAUCUAACUAAAAAUGUUCAGCCGGAAAAGACCGGAAGUAGGUCACGGAUCAAUACCCAAAUAGUCCAUUACAUCAAGGAGAAGAUGGGUGAAGAACUCUCUCACGAGAGAAGCAUCAAUCUGUUCCACUGUCUGAAUGAGCUGAACGACCGUUCUCUAGUGGAGGAGAUCCAACAGUACCUGACAUCAGGAAGUAUCUCCACAGAAUCUCUCUCCUCUGCUCAGUGGUCAGCUCUGGUCUUCAUCUUACUGACAUCAGAAGAGGAGCUGGACGUGUUUUACCUGAAGAAAUACUCUGCUUCUAAGGAGGGUCUUCUGGGGCUGCUGCCAGUGAUCAAAGCCUCCAAAACAUCUCUACUGAAUGGCUGUAAGCUGUCAGAGAGAUGCUGUGAAGCUCUGGCCUCAGUUCUCAGCUCCAACUCCUCUAGUCUGAGAGAGCUGGACCUGAGUUCAAAUGAUCUGCAGGAUUCAGGAGUGAAGAAGCUCUCUGCUGGACUGGGGAGUCCACACUGUGCCCUGGAAACUCUCAGGUUGUCUGGCUGCCUGAUCACACAGGAAGGCUUUGCCUCUCUGGCCUCAGCUCUGAGCUCCAACCCCUCCCAUCUGAGAGAGCUGGACUUGAGCUACAAUCACCCAGGAGACUCAGGAGCUGCGCUACUCUCUGCUGGACUGGAGGAUCUACGCUGGAGACUGGACACUCUCAGUGUGGAGCACGGCGGAGUGUUGAGGCUGAAACCAGCUCUAAAGAAGUAUGCCUGUGAACUCACACUGGACCCAAACACAGCCAACAAACUACUCUCUCUGUCUGAGGACAACAGAAAGGUGACGCAGGUUGAAAAGAACCAGUCGUAUCCUGAUCAUCUAGAGAGAUUUGACUCCUGCCCCCAGGUGUUGUGUAGAGAGGGUCUAACUGGCCGCUGUUACUGGGAGGUAGAGUGGAAACGAGAGCUUUAUAUAGGAGUGGCAUACAGAGGAAUCUCAAGGAGAGGAGAUCAUGAUAACAGCGGACUGGGAUGGAACAACAAGUCCUGGAGUCUUAUUUGUUGUGAUGAUGGUUACGUUGCCCGUCACAGCGGUAGUAGAACAACCAUAGGUCUCCCCCCCAAUCACUCUAACAGAGUAGGAGUGUAUCUGGACCGGCCUGCUGGCUCUCUGUCCUUCUACAGCGUGUCCCCAGGUGGAGGAGGGUCCUCAGACACACUGACACUCCUCCACACCUUCCAGUCCACCUUCACCCAGGAGGACCUCCUCCCUGGGUUUAGGUUACGUCAGACUGGUUCCUCAGUGUCUCUGGUAGUGUCCACUAUAGAUACACACACGCACAAACACACAAGUACACUGUUAUAAACACACCCAAACCAACCAACACAUAUGUACAUAGACAUUAACACACACAUUGUUCAUGAAUCUUUAUACACACCCACACAUCCAUAAAAACACAAGUACACUAACAACUACACACACACAUCGUUCAUGGAUCAAACACAUAGCAGGUCUGUGUACCGGUGGUAAGCAGCAGGUAACAUCAGUGUCUCCCGUGGUUCAUCUCUCAGCCCUCUCUGUGUUCAGCUGGGCUGCUGAGAGUCAGAUUAGAGGGGGCUGCUUGGGUCUGGGGGUACUCACAGUCCUGACGUUGUUGAGGACCAGCUGUUAGGGGGACGUUUGAAUACCUGUGGACCCAUGGACGUACCUGUAGUGCAUCGGGUUGUUGAACAGCAGCUGUUGGUGCUCUGAGGUGUCAACUUGUUCAGUGGAAAUCUCUUUGUGAUUGAUUUAAAUAGUCCACUGAACUCCAAAUGCUGCAUAUUAUUGGGCCUCUGAAAGGUUCAGCAUAAACCAAUCUAAGGACUUUUAAGAUCUUCCAUUGGGUUAAGCAGGUUGUACAAAGAUUACAUUUUUAAAUGUUGAUUGAUGGUACAUUAUUUUACUAAUAUUUUACAUAUUUUCAACUGUUUCAAAGGAAUCCAAUCUCAGUUUUUAUUCUGCCAUGCUUGACAUGGAUCCUGAUUUGAAACAGAUUUAACAACAUAACAUAAAUGAUGAUGAGUGUUCUAUGGGAAAGGGUUAAGAUGUCCAUGUUCAUGUUGUGAAUGAGUUUAAACUUAAAAGAUAGAUUAUUUGUGUUCUGUUGGGAACAAUUUAACAAGUUCAAUUAUUAAAGAUACCUGUUUAUGAUUUGUAAUUGUUCAUCAAGCAUAAUGUUAAUAAACAACUCAGUGGAUCAACUGAA